CAAAUAAAACUCCAACUUAUCUCCCUCAACACAAUUACUCAGUCCUGCUCCUCCUCCCAUGGCUCCCUUACUCCACACACACCAAAUCCAUCCCCGCACCACCUUAAACCGCCUCCACUUCCUUCUAUACUCCUUAUCCCUCCUCCUCCUUCUCCACCACCAUACCACCACAACCUCCUCCUUCCUCCUCCUCCUCGCCGAUGUCUUCCUCGCCUUCAUGUGGCUCCUAUCCCAAGGCUUCCGCUGGCGCCCCGUUCGCCGCUGGGAGUUUCCCGAACUACUCUUGAAAGUCACAGCCAGAAAGGAUUUUCCGGCUUUAGACGUCUUCAUCUGCACCGCCGACCCUUAUAAGGAGCCGCCGGUGGGCGUGGCGAGCACCGCCCUCUCCGCUCUAGCCUUCGACUACCCUUCCGAUCGCUUAUCUGUCUAUGUUUCCGAUGAUGGAGGUUCAGACCUCACGCUCUUUGCCUUCUUCGAAGCCGCUAAAUUUGCUAGGUGUUGGCUGCCGUUUUGCAGAGAGAAUGGAGUCAUGGAGAGGUCCCCUGAAGCUUACUUCCAGUCCAGUGGUUGCGAUGUUGAAGCAGAGAAAAUGAAGGUGAUGUUUGAAAGACUUAAAGAAAGAGUGGAUAUUGCUAUGGAAAAAGGUUAUGUCGACCUCAACUUAGUGAGCUCUCCCGAGGAGAAGGAAAUUUUCAAGACAUGGAAAAACUUUACUCGCAAAGACCAUCCUUCAGUAAUCCAGGUUCUCUUGGAAAGCAAGAAGGACAAGGACAUCACUGGCUAUCCCCUCCCAAAUCUGGUCUAUAUCUCUAGGGAGAAACAUCUAGCUUCUCCUCACAACUUCAAGGCUGGAGCCCUUAAUACACUCCUUCGAGUCUCUGAAACCAUGACGAAUGCACCAUUGAUCCUCACCUUAGAUUGUGACAUGUGUUCCAAUGAUCCUACUUCACCUCAAAGAGCUCUCUGUUACUUUCUAGACAAGGACUUUUCACCAAACCUUUCAUUCAUCCAGUUUCCACAAAGAUUUACUGGACUUAAUAAAAAUGAUAUCUAUGGUGGUGAGUUCAGGCGAUUAUUUACUCUCGGUGAACAAGGCUUAGAUGGAUUACAAGGUCCCAACUAUGUUGGAACCGGCUGCUUCUUCUCUCGUCGAUCACUUUAUAGUUCUCCUUCGGUGGCAAUGCCUUCUUCUGAUGAAUUCAAAGUACAGAGUUGCUUGUUGAGCUCAGAGCUUGUUUUGCUGAAAGCUCAUGAAGCAGCUAGUUCUGAAUAUGAGCAUGGUCGUAAAGAGUGGGGUUCUCAGAUUGGGUUCAGGUAUGGUUCUCUAGUGGAAGACUACUACACAGGUUACAUGUUACAUUGCCAGGGAUGGAGGUCAGUGUUCUGUAACCCAGACAGGCCAGCCUUUCUUGGAGAAGCACCCAAUAGUUUACUUGAAGCAGUAAGUCAGAGCAAGAGAUGGUUUGUGGGUCUCUAUCAAGUUUGUUUCUCUAGAUAUUGCCCUCUUUUUUAUGGAAGCAGAAAGAUUUCUUUGAUGGCAGGGUUCUGUUACAUGUAUUAUGCAUUAUGGGGAUGUUGGUGCAUUCCAUUAACCAUAUAUGGUCUUCUUCCUCAACUGGCUUUAUUUUAUGGCAAAUCUCUUUUUCCGAAGGCCUCAGACCCGUGGUUCUUCCUCUACGCCUACCUCUUCUUAUCCACCUAUGUUCAGGACCUCAUCGAGUUCAUGGAAGUCGGUGGAUUAAUCCAGAGAUGGUGGAGUGAGCAAAGAAUGUGGUUGAUCAAAGGAAUCACAUCUUCCACCUUUGGAACUUUGGAUUUUAUACUUAGUGAAAUAGGGAGCUCAGCCACAGGAUUCAACUUGACAAGCAAAGUCAAGUUAGAAGAAGAAAACAAGUUGUAUGAAAAUGACAAGUUUUCCUUUAGCACAGCUUCACCAUUCUUUGUCUCAAUGGGAACGAUAGCCAUUGUUAACGUCAUCUCCUUCAUUUUUGGAUUCAUAAAGGCUAUGAUAAGAGUUGGGGGGUUGAAUGAGAUGCUGAUUCAGAUAUUUCUUUCUGGAUUCAUUGCGACAAACUCGUGGCCUAUCUAUGUGGCAAUGUUCACUAGAAAAGAUGGUGGGAAAAUGCCAGAAAGAGUUACUAAGGCCUCUAUUUUGCUUUCCUCUAUAUUACUCUUUCUUGGUAACUUCUAUUUUACAUAAAAUGAUUAGCUAGGCUAAUGCUUUGUUACUUGCUUAUGAUUCAAGUAUGAACAAUGGAGUUUCUAAUAUGUUGGAUGAUCGAUACUAUAGUUUCCAACUUGAUAAAGGGGUUAUAUAUGUG